CCUGCCCCUAUAUAUAUUAUACAAACAAGUGCCGACGAGGUUGAUGGGAGGAUCUGUUGCCAGUCUUGGAUGCAUGCUACUGAACGUGAACAUGUAAAUAUCUGUACGUCUGCAAAGGCAGCUGCAGCAGAGAGGGGAGGGGGGAAAUUCCAAUCUCAGCAAACAGUUCCUGCCAGUUUCAGAUCCAGAUGCCAAAGAACAAGGCCCCCCAAACCGGACGCUCUAUUUUCUAGUUUCUACAGCAUAGUACUGCCGAAACAACACGCAUCACUGGAACUUCCUGAUCGACGACCCAGGUUUGGGAGCCUCCAAGAACUUGCAACGGCCUGUGCCGCUCGGUUCCAUCUCCUCGGUCUUCCGUUUCCGGCUUGGGCGGCGAGAAGAGAAGGCGCCGCGGGCAGCGGCUGCCGGGGUUGCGCUUAUACGCGAGCGCGCCUGGCCGCCUGCUCAGGGGGUGAAACGGGCCGGUAAGAACGGGAAGUGUUAGCCCAGAAAAGGCCCAUCUACCUGUGAACAUGGAUCGCGGUGAACGCCCGCGACGCCUUCCCCGGCCGCGGCGGCCUCCCCGCCCGCACAGCCACUGGCCGUGACGGAGCGGCCCCUCCCGUUCCUCAUGGAUUCGCGCGCGUUCUUCCUUUCUGGGCGAGGGCGACCACCGGAAGGCAGCAGCCGGCAACCGCGACUGUUGACAUUUGCGUUAGAGCUCUACGUGCAAAAGUCCAACUUCGCUGUACGAAGGCUUAGCUGUUAUCCUUCUCUGGGUCGUCAUCAAACUUCGGAAGUUGCCACAGAAUAUCUUUUUCCAGAGCCCAGAUCUGGGGGGAAAAAGGCGAAAGCAACAGCCGAUCAGGCGCCCAAGAUUCGCGUUUCCAGUGGGCACUUGUGGAGGGAGUGGCAGGUGCAUCGAAGAGCACUACACACUCAUCUUGGCAGCGCGGUCUGUGGCUGAUUGAGCAAGCAGCAAGUGGAUGGAGGAGGCCGGCAGGAUAAUGGCGCGGCCGGGGGUGGUGUGGCCCACGGCUGUGCCCGGCCGGGGCCGUUUACUUUUGGCCCCCUUGGUGCGUCGGGUGAUGUGUACGUCUGCGGAAGGAAAGCGUCUCUGUUUGCCUUGGCCCUACGGCGCAGCGUCUCUGUUCAAGGAAAAAAAAAGAGUGGAAUUUUAUAUCUGGUCAGAUUUAAAACUAUCGUAGUUUAACUAAAACUUUUUAAAAACUAAUAUGGCAUCAAACUAGUACGCUAUAAAAACAAUAUAAUAGUACUUAUUUGUUAUGGUAAUAAAUAUUAGUAACUGUAUUUAUUUAUUUAUUUACCUUACGAGUCUUGACUUUGGGAAGAUGACCUAUGGGCUAUUAUUGAUGGAUGGAUCAUGACAAAA